AUACACUCAUCGUAAACCACUGACUGGAAUUCUCUUCUAACUGUCAACCUGCUAUCUUCGAUCAGAAGCGCCUUUUCUUGUUCCCCAUUUGCAUGUCUCUUUCUCCGCUGCACUUGUUCCAACGAGCAUUGGUGAUUGACCAAGUCAAGGCGACCCAACUCUAGCUAGGCACCCGUGAGUCGUUGGUCUUUGUCUAUCUCUCCGUUCAUCAUCUAGCCUCUUUGGCGACAGGACGAUAGAUAAAGAGCAGUGGCGUCAUUCAUUCCACCUUGGAACGACAACAGCGAUCCAAUCAGCUUUCUCGUCAUCGUCUUUGUCCUACUCGUCCAUCAAGACACCAUCAUCCGUCCGCGUCAAUUCCUCUCUAAACCUCACAAGGCCUCAAGUCUCGACAUUUCGAAAUCAAUUAGAUUCAAUCUCGUCAUCAUGGCAUCUAGCGAUACAACUGCCGCCCCAACCAACACCACUUUGCAAGCCGAGGUCUCUGGGAUCGUGCCUGAGGCUGACAUCGAAAAGUCAACGACUGCCGCUCCCAACACGAGUGCUCUUCCCGCAGAAGUCUCGAGCGUCGUCCCUGAGUCAGUUCCAGAGGCAGUCCCGGAAAAGUCGGAAGUUUCGCCACAACCAGCGGCGGCGGUGGCCGCGGCUGCUCCAGCAACAACCUCUGAAGCACCCGAAAAGGCCGAAGAACCAAAAGCCGAAUCUCCCGAAGAGGAAACGUCUGCUGCUGCUACCCCGAUUGAACAGCUUUGGUCCCUGGCGCAAUCCAAAGGUCACCCAGAAAUCUGGGGCGUGACACUUGCCGAUCCAAGUAGCCAUGUUCCCACCCAGGUCAUUCUUCAAAAGUAUCUCAAUGCCAACGACGGUGACCUAGUCAAGGCCAAGGAUCAGCUCAGCAAGACUUUGGAAUGGCGGGCAAAGAUGAAGCCGUUGGAUUUGAUUGGAAAGAAGUUCAACAGGACCAAGUUUGCUGGAUUGGGCUAUGUCACCGUGUUUGGAGAGACUGAAGCCACCGACCCGGAAGUUCGGGAAGUUUUUACAUGGAACAUCUAUGGUAGCGUCAAAGAUGUGAAUGAGACGUUUGGAAACCUGGCCGAGUUCAUUGAGUGGCGAGUGGUGUUGAUGGAGGAGGCAUUGCAAGCACUUGGAAUCGAUAAGGCGACCAAACCCAUCACAGCGGAAGAUGAUCCUUACAAGAUUCUGCAAGUUCACGACUACAAGUCCAUCAGCUUCCUCCGACAACAAGCUGUUGUCAAGGCUGCCAGCACCGAAACCAUCAAGAUCUUUGCUCAAAAUUACCCAGAAUUGCUCAAGGAGAAAUUCUUUGUCAAUGUGCCUGCUAUCAUGGGCUUCAUCUAUACCUUUGUCAAGCUGUUUGUGGCAGCCAAGACCGCAAAGAAGUUCCAUCCUCUCAGCAGCGGACCCAGCCUCGCCAGCAACUUGACUGAAAGUAAGGUCAAGGGCUUGGGAGACCUGUUGCCCAAAGAGUAUGGCGGUAAAGGGGCCGACCUGGGUAGCAUCGGUAAGGAGCCUGCGCUAGAAGAGGCUGUCGAGACCAAGUAGAGGUUAGGAAGGAAGCUUGGGUUGGAUCGAGACCUAUCUCGUUAUUGGAAGUGGCUUUUGUGUGAAAAGAGUUAUUUGAGACUGAUGGAGUUCUUGACCAAGGAUUGGAAUCAGCGAAGCGGCACAAUACCCCAUCAUCUCAUUAUCACCAUUAUCACCAUAGGUUGGAAAUGGCCUAUGAUUUAUUUCUAUCUGUUUCUUAUCGGACGAAGCUGAGGUUUGACAAUUGUUGACAACCUCCCACCAAGGCAUAAAAAGGGUGUGUGUCCCUUGAAC